UGCCAUCCUUCCUCACCCCCCAUUUUCCACCAAGUCCUCAACUCAUUACAAAGCAAACUCAAAAACCACUCCUCCGCUCUGACUUUCUGUCUUUUUUCUUGACGGAAAAUGUCUGCCGGAAUCGGAAAAUGCAGCAAAAUCCGGCACAUUGUCAGACUCAGGCAAAUGCUUAAGAGGUGGCGCCAAAAAGCUGCAUUGGCCGCUCGCAUCUCGGCCAGUGCUCGCAUCCCCUCCGACGUCCCGGCCGGACAUGUGGCGCUCUGUGUGGGUAGUAACUAUAGGAGAUUUGUGGUGCGAGCGACGUACCUGAACCACCCGGUCUUCAAGAAGCUUCUGGUUCAGGCGGAGGAGGAAUACGGCUUCACGAACCAAGGUCCUCUGGUGAUCCCAUGCGACGAGUCGCUCUUCGAAGAAAUCCUCCGAUGCAUCUCCAGGUCCGAGUCCGGCAACUCCGUUCGGUGCGUGAACCUCGAGGACUUCCAGAGAUCCUGCCACGCGGGGAUCAGGAGUAGCCUCGACUUCUGGCCGGAAUCUCGGCCGCUUCUUCACGGGUUUGCUGACAAAUCAAUUUGGUAGGUUAAGAAGCGACCCGGCCGAGUUUGCUGACAAAUCAACUCGGCCAAAUUCCAUGAAUAUGGCCUAGUGAGAACAGGACGGAGAGGUGGAUCUGAGAAUCUUCUAACCCGGUCGAGUUUACCGAGUUGGGCUCAUUAUGUUCUUGUUGCGCUAAUAUUUUCGGCUUCCUGUAGAGGAGGCGGGGGAGCUGCUGGAUUCUUUUGCUUUUGUCUCUUCUCUCUAUUUUCUUCUUUUUCUUGUGAUGUGAAGGGGUGCGUGAGUGUGUUUUGCUCCGGAGAAUAUAUGGAGAUGGCAAAGAGAGGGGUUUCCUCCGAGUCGUCCCGAGUUCGAAGCGGAGGAGGCGAAAAUUAUCAGAGAAAAGUUGAAAAAAAAAGGAAAAUGCAUGUAAGAAGCCAAGGAGAAGAGAGAGAAGGGCUAGUUUUUUUUCUCUUCCUCUCCUGUUAUGUUAUCUCUAUCAUUGAUUGAUUUAACAAAGUCGAAAUUGUAGAAAAAUUUGAAUUCUUUUUCUGC